UUUGAUCCUGACUUCUCUAAUCCUCCUCUUCUUCCAGUGUCCCCCUCUUAUCACCUGAUAAGACAUAUCAUGUGGAGUCACUCUGCACAUGCUCAGUUUGGUUUUUUUUUUUCUUUGGAGAGUGCAUGUGAUCAGCACAUGGCCAAUCAGCACUGUUCAUACAGAUGUCAGGGGUCCUGCAUCUAGCUAAAGCAGAAUUAAAACUCCUCCUAAAAGCUUUAAGAUGUACUCUGCUGGACACUGAUAGAAGUCACAAGACUGCUCUAACUGCUGAUGAGAAAAGGUAAUUAGCAGUUUAUAUUUACUA